AUUCUCUCAAAUGAGCGGCCUCAUCACGGUUCGCAUCUUCGAAGCUCUUCACGGCGCCUCCCAAACUCUUCUGGCAUCGCUGAAUUUCGGCCUUGCCGCUUGGACUCUUCUUUUCGGAGCAGUUUUCCUCCUACUCUGGCGAGUCAGUCGAAGCCCCAACUAUCAUCAUUCGAAUGGCACCAUCGCAGUAGCAACUCCUUCAUCGUCCACUCACGCCCGAGCAAAACCCUCUGCCAAUGGUCGUCGCAUCCUCGUUAGCAUUUCUCUUGAUGGCCGUCCUCAAACGGAGGCUCUCUACACUGGUCUGAGGCGACUUGCCGACUUCUGCGAUUUGGUCGUUGAGAUGAUUGCAGCAACUGACGACGAGGAAAACACCGCCAAGGAGAAAAUUUCAAGAAAAGUUGGUAUUCCCGGGCACCGUGUUCUCUGUAGCAGCACCGCCAACGGCCGAGCUUAUAUGGUUCGACAGCUCCAUCCUGCUUGGCAUGUUGAUACUGACGAGGAGGUUUUGAAGUACCUCAUCGGUCUAGUGCCACACCUAGCGACCACUAGCCCUACCGCCGCGAAGACGGCAGGCGAGAGUGAUUCAAUCACAGUGUUUGCUUCGAUAGACACUUUUGUAGAUCGGUUGUUGACCUCUGCUCAGAAAUGACUUCUGAGUGAGAUCUGUACAAUU